AUGCGAAUACAGUCGCUUUCCCUCCUCUCCGCCGCCUCCCUCCUUCCGAGUCUUGCUUCCGCGAUCACGUUCGACUGCGCCAACAUUCGAAAAGAUGGCUACAAAUACAGCCUGAAAGAGCUCGGCGGCGUCCACGAGAUCUUCACUGCUAAAAAGGACCAGGACCAGGGUCUGACCAACAAUGUCACCUACCGCCUGAACAUCUGUGGUACUCUUGGGAAAAAAGGAGCUACACUGGACGACCUAACCUGCGAGCAGUCGAGGAAUAUCUGCGGGUUCAACCGCACAACGUAUGACGACGGCGAGCACGACAACUUUGCUUUCCCCAUUGUCGGGUUCGAAUCCAUGGGCGGCGGAGCACAGGACCCGGAGAUUACGCGGUUGAAGGCGCUAGAUGCGGACCGCGAAGGGUUACAGCUUAAAUGGGGAGGCGGCUGGUACCCAGUUGGCGAGCGCGAGAAGGGGAAGAAGAAGCGCAAGGAUGCAAAGGCGGUCAUCGAGUUCGAGUGCGAUCCUGACAAGUCCGGGCUGGAGGGUCUCGUUGAGUAUUCGGAGCAGAGACUCCGUGCGAGGGAAGAAGGCGAAAGUGACGGUGGUGAUAGAAAGGACGGGGACGGGGACGGCGUAUCUGGUGGUGACGACGAGGGUAAGGAGCCGUUCGACGAUGGUAGCAGACCGGAGCGGAGCUUGCAGUUCAAGAGCUUCGGACCGGUCGACGACGAGUCGUACGUGCUUCGACUGAACUGGAAGACACGCUAUGCCUGCGACAAUUACGCUCUUAGCCGUGAGAACUCCUCCGGGCACUGGGGGUUCUUCACCUGGUUGAUUAUCAUUUUCUUCCUCUGCGCCGCUGCAUACCUCAUCUUCGGCUCGUGGCUCAACUAUAACCGCUACGGGGCCCGUGGCUGGGAUCUUCUCCCGCACGGCGACACGAUCAGGGACGUGCCCUAUCUCUUCCAGGACUGGCUGAAGCGGGUAGUUAAUACACUGCAAGGGACAGGCUCACGAGGAGGAUACAGUGCUGUAUAG